ACACUGGACGGCCCUGAAACAGUCACUGCACCUCUUGGUGGCUCACUGUCUGUCCAGUGUAAAUAUGGAAAGGAGGAUGAAAAAUCUGUCAAAUACUGGUGCAAAGAAGAAGGUUUGACCCUCUGUUCUAGUAGCCACACUGUCCGUACAACUAGGAUGGAGGCAGAGGGGAUGAAUGACAGAAUGUCCAUUAAAGACAACCACACAUUCCAUAAAUUCACUGUGACCAUGGAAAACCUCACUAAUGAAGAUGCCGGGACAUAUAUCUGUGGGGUAGAGAGAGCCUAUAACAUCUGGCACCCAGUGGAAGUUAUCAUUACAGAUUCUGUUCCUUCGACCCAUUUUGGAAGCAUGGAACAAGCAACAGAAGAGCCAGCUGUAUCUCCCAUAGAUCCUGAAAGAACCCAGCCUAGCAACACUGAUUUCCUGCUCCUGGUCAUGUGGAAAAUCCCCGUCUUCCUAGCUAUGAUGGCCGCCGUGGUUUGGGUGCAUGUAUGGUACAGGAAGACCAGAGGAAGCUCCAACCCCAAGACUCCAGAGACUGAAGAAGAGCUUUAA